UUGCGCCUGCGCAGUGGCGCCUGUUCCCGACAUGCCCUCGGCCAGGGUAUUGGGGGAGGAGGCGCCUUUCCAGUUUCAAACGACAGCGGGAUGGAAGAGCGGCGCUGCAAAGGAGCUCCUUAUGUUUCGUAGGUGAAUUUGAUGGGGAUUUAAAAGAAUAUCAUGGAGAACGAGAAGUCUAAGAUUCCACACUACAGUUUUCCACGCAGCAGAGCAAACUUUAUUCCCAAAGACACACAGAUGAAACCUUUGAAAGAAACUGAUUUUAAUUUUGCUGCAAAUGCUCCUGUUCCUUUUGCUUUCAAAGACACAAACCAAAGGCCCCUAAAGUCAGCUAAAAAGGUAGUGCCACAACCACCUAAGAAAGCUGCGACAACAACUGUGCACAGCCCCACAAACCGAUACAGAAGAGAGGCAGAUCUCAGGAACAAGAACAAGCUGCUGGAGUCUGUUAAAUAUGACCUGAAUACAAAAUUGUCAGCGGUCCAGAAGGAGAUGAAAGAGAUGAAAGAACAAUAUAGUAAUCUGGAGAAAGAAAACCAAGCAUUGAAGAGAUUUCAGGAAAGCUGCAUGUUGAUUUUGGAAUCAAGGAAUUGUGACUCAGUUGCAGAAGAAAACAUCUUGGAAAAAGAAGAGAAGCAUAAGGAGACACAGAAAGAGAUAAUGGACUUAUCAGAGAAACUCAAUACUGAUCUUGAACUGUUUAUUCAAAUGACUAAUGAGCAAAAAGAGACAUUUCAGAACACACAAAUCAAGUGGAAGCAAAUAGAGGAAGAGGAGGCCUACUUCUUAGAGCAGCAGCAACAUUUCAAUAAAGAAAUUGAAGAUCUCUUUGCCACCUUGGAUCAGGACGAUCAGUUCUUGAAUUCAUCAUAGAUAGGGCUGCCGCAUGGACUUCUGCUUUAGCAUUUUUGUCAAAGCACUUUCAAUACUUCAUCAAUGACAUUUGAUUAAAUGACAAUUGGCACUGUUUAAUGGGUUCAAAGCCAAGAGAAGAUCAAGGGCCUCUUUUUAUUCAACUUCUGAGUCUCUGUGUCAUUUUACUUUACUGUCUUAUCUCUAUUUGUCAUGUGAUUAAUAGUGUUUGUUUCUAAAUCCUUCUCAUUUAAGGAGCUGUUGACUUGGAAUGUUUAAUUUUCUUAUAGAGUGUUUAAUUUAAAGUAGACAGAGUUUAAAACAAUACACUGCCUUUAAAUGCUUCAAUCCUUCCAGAUUAAGAAUAUAUUUGCUUGCUAAAACAUAUUUAUUUGUGUUACACUUUCCUCUCAAAAUUAGGACUCAGAGUGUCUUACAGUUUAAAGAGCAAUAUUGCUGAAAACAUACCAAUAUGCAUGUUAAAACAGAAUUAAACUAGUAACAAAUAGUACCAUCUUUUACUGAUUGUAAGACAUCAUUGAUUCUAAGGUGCAGCCUGAUUUUGGAGCUCCAGUUUUGGAGGAAAGUUUUCUCAGAAUAUUGUGCUGAAUUUCUAAGGAUGUAUUUUAAGAAUCAAAUAACACACUGAACUAUAUUGAACAGCUAUUUUACUGGAGAAACAAUAGAUUUCAAUAUAGCAAUAAAAAGUGAAUUCAGAGAAACAA